AUGUUGGCCCAAAGACCGCUGACGCCGCCGUACACGGCCUCGCGGGACCCGGAACCGACGCAAUACAAUAUUCCGCGAGAAGACGACACGCUCUUAGCAGAACUUUCCGGACGCUGCAACACACAGCUCCAGAGCAGCCUGUCGAAAUCAUCAUUUCAACGCAUCGCGAACGAGGUCGUUUCAAAGACCGUUAGUUCUGGCUCGGCUCAGGACACCAGAGAUCUCGAACCUCGCAUCCAUUUUACUGUUUCCAAGACGGUCCAGCAGCUUUCACAACAAGCUACCACCACCGUCAACGGGAUAUAUUUCGAGCUUACAAAGCUCCUACCGCCACGACUACAACCAUUUCUCCUCAACUUCAUAGGCAAGGAAGCUAGUGAAGAAGACCGAUAUACUUUUAUAAUAAAUGUGCUCCCGUGGGUAUUAAAGAAGCUACGAAAGCCCCCGCCUCGAUCCGGGGCGCGAAAGGGUGGUUUACCAAGACGAAGCCAGCGAAUAGCCAAUAAACAACGACAAAAGAAGUCCGGCACCGGACGAGUGGAUAAGGCGGCGGCUAUGGCGAACAAGAUUAAAAAGAGGCAACAGAGGGGGAAAUAG